AUGAAGAAGGAGAACCAGAGCGGCAUGUCUGAGUUCUUCCUCCUGGGGCUCCCCUUCCGGCCAGAACAGCAGGGCAUCUUUUUUGCUCUGUUCCUGGCCAUGUACCUGACCACCGUGCUGGGGAACCUGCUCAUUAUUCUGCUUAUCAGGCUGGACUCUCACCUCCACACCCCCAUGUACUUCUUCCUCAGCCACUUGGCCUUCACUGACAUCUCUUUCUCAUCUGUCACUGUCCCAAAGAUGUUGAUGGACAUGCAAACUAAUCACAAGUCCAUCCUCUUUGCAGGAUGCAUUUCUCAGAUGUAUUUUUUCAUAUUUUUUACUGACCUGGACAGCUUCCUGAUUACAUCAAUGGCUUAUGAUCGAUAUGUUGCCAUAUGUCACCCUCUCCACUAUACCACCAUCAUGAGAGAAGAGUUGUGCACCUUACUAGUUGCUGUAUCAUGGAUCCUGUCCUGUGCCAGCUCCCUCUCUCAUACCCUUCUCCUUACCCGGUUGUCCUUCUGUGCUGCUAACACCAUCCCUCAUUUCUUCUGUGACCUUGCUUCCCUGCUCAAGCUGUCCUGUUCAGACAUCUUCCUCAGUGAGUUGGUCAUGUUCACAGUAGGGGUGGUAGUCAUUACUAUACCAUUUAUAUGUAUACUGGUGUCUUAUGGCUACAUUGGGACUACCAUCCUAAGAGUCCCUUCAACUAAGGGGAUCUGCAAAGCAUUAUCCACAUGUGGUUCUCAUCUCUCUGUGGUGUCUCUGUAUUAUGGGGCAAUAUUUGGACAGUACCUUUUCCCAACAUUAAGCAGUUCCAUUGACAAGGACAUCAUUGUGGCUAUCAUGUACACAGUGGUCACACCCAUGUUAAACCCUUUUAUCUACAGCCUGAGGAACAAGGACAUGAAAGAAGCCCUUGGAAAACUCUUUGGUAGAGCAACAUUUUUCUCACUGUAA